CGUGGACUCGUAAUGGUUGUAUCAAAGUUGUACCUGUGAAAUUAUCCUUUGAAAAUCAUGUUAUGAAAAUCAAAAUUCAUUAAAAACCGAAUGGUAUAGCUGAAUUCGGUGUCCAUGGAGACUGUCACAGAAUUCUCUUCAGCAUGCUGAUAGCUUUUUGAGAUGGAAAAUCGAGCUAGAAACAUCGUCAUCGAAAUGGGACUCCAGUCGCCGGGUGUGGUCUACGUGUGCAACACAAGCAAUGCUAAUCAGUAGGCCAACUGUGUUGUAUAAAUUAAAACGCAACAGCAAGGUUUAUGCAUGUAGCAGUUGUUUCACCAGUUAAUCCUGAUGGCCCUGUCCAACAUUACCAAGCGAUUGUCGGGGGCCCUUGCCACAUCCCGAAGUCGCAAGCUCUUCCUUCUUGCCAUCUUCCUGCUGGUCCUCUUUGGCUACAUCGGGCCGUGGGUCAUGCACCACAACCAGACAGUCAAGACUACCAUGGGCUGCCUGUCGUUGAAACUCAAGGAACUGGAGAAUGACUUUACCCAAGUCGAUGCGGCCGUCUUCCAUGCAGACAAUUCGGACGUCCGCACGGAUCAGGUUGUCCCAUUUGUUGGCAAUGGCAAUGUUGGCAUUGUGGUCAACAUGUUCAAGCCCAGUGGAUUUCUCCUACGCAACGAGGAGCAGUGGUUAGGCGUGGGCAUGUAUCGCCCACUGGUAACCGCCAGACUUUCUGCUCUGAAAGACCAAAGUGCCACUGUUCUUCAUUACCGAAAAGCGCAGGUCAAACGGUACCAAUGCUACUCAGUUGGCGAGUCCUGCGUGUUAGUCAAGACCAGAACUUUGAUACACCGGUUUAGACCCAUGCUGAUGAUGCAGGAGAUUAUUGUGGAAAACAAUGCAGAUCAACCGGUGACGUUGGAGCUCUCUCGGACUGGCCCAGUCAAAUGGAAAGGUUCCAGCACCACCUCAGAAAUGUUAAAGGUGGAUGGUAAAACUCGGGACUAUGCCCUGACAGCGGGGGACUUGAUUGUCGGUAGCGGGACCAAUGGGAGGGUGGUUACGCUGGUCAUUGCGGCGACUGCUGUUCAGAAGAAAACUGAAGUGCCUGCAAAAUCCGUCCACAGAGUGGAGAUCCUGACUUUAGUGAAAUACUCGGCCCCCCUGAGUGCCAGCACGCCACAGUUGACUGCAGGUCUUGUGGAUGAAGUGGAUGAGGAGUUGUUCAAGGUGCUCCACGUGGACUUCCAGGAGCUGGUCCAGGAACACGAGGAUGCCUGGUCACAGCAGAUUUGGAACACAGGACUUAUCCAGGAGCCCCUGGCCAUCCCUGUAAGGCCACAUGUACCUGAUGAGCUCCAGCAUCAGUUGAGUCACAUCUCAGCUGUCCAUGUCUUCAACAUAUUGACCACCACUGUGGUAUACUAUAUGAUGUCUUCGACUCGGGCCCCACUCCUGAUGCCUUCCUCCUCCCUCCAGCGCAAGAAGGAGGUGAUAGGAGCCUUGCAGCAGCCAGGUUCCUGCUUCAACGGCCAGCCAACCCUAUUUGAUGAGUCACUUUGGCGGCCAGUCCGGACUGACAAGGAGAUGGCUGAGCUACUAUCCCAUUGGCAGCACGUCCUUUACAAGCACGGCUGCCACACCCUAUUAUCAGUAGGUGUAACUGGCAUCAUGCAGGCAAUGAUGCUCAGCUUCCUUGCCGGCCAGUUCACUGAGCGGGAGCUGUCCUUCCACGCAGACCCUCUGCUUUUCCGCAACAAGUUCCACUUGCACAACAUCUUCUACAACACCACCUUCCUGCACAUAGACAUUGACCCGAGUCCGGGCCAUGAGAUCCUGAUCAGCAUCACCAGCGUCCAGGCCAACGGGAACAAGCCCAUCAAUCUAUACGCCUGUGGGACGGGAUGCGAAGGCACACCUAUCCUCCUCUCCUCCUCUAUGCAAAAACUUCCCCUCAAAUGGACAGUACCCCAGACACCUUUCCUGUACAUCUCCCAUGACCUCAAGCACCUGGAGUACCUCAAGACAAAGAUCAUCCACUUCAAGCACAUCUAUGAACUGGACGAUAGGGAUGUCCAGCCUUUGGUACCAGUCAUCAGUGACAAGAACACUCAUCAAGGCUUCCAGAUGCCAGUCUUUGCCUGGGUCAUCAUCAUCACUCUCAUAGUCAUUUUUCACAUGUUCCUCCUCAACCUGGUGUACAGGGAAUACUGCUCAGGGUCCUCCUCCAGUUUACCAAAGACAUCUGAGAAAACCAGCAGAGCAUGAUGCUGGAUAGGGGCAGUGUUGUAGUUGAGGUACUUGUGAUGGAUCACAAGUGCAUCACAUGCCGGUCACAGGGAAAAUCACAAGUCAAUUUACAAAACAAAAAUGCCUUUGCUACAGUUAACAAUUGUUGACUGCUGCGAUGUGGGAUAUGAUGUUUUUAACACCAGAGGGGUGCAUAGCACCCGAGAUGAAGCCGAGGGUGCUAUGCGCCCCGAGGAGGUUAACGGCAUAUCCCUCACAACAGCAGUCAACAAUUGUUUUCU